CAAGCUCACUUCUUUAGAUCGUACGUUCGAGGGUUGGAAAGUGUCCAUUCCCUCUUUCUCCUAAAGAUCAUCUUCCUAGAAACGCUUCAACCAGUAAUUACACUUCACCAUGCCACAUAAAACAAUUACUCGUGCCGAAGUAGCCAAAAAUAAUACCGAAGAUUCCUUAUGGUUUGUGAUUGACAGCAAGGUUUACGAUGUCACCGAUUUUGUUGACGCUCAUCCCGGUGGAGAAGCUGUCCUGAAACAAGUAGCUGGUACCGAUGCAACAGAAGCUUUCUACAACUUGCAUCGUCAGGAAGUCUUGCAGAAGUAUUCGAACUUAUACAUAGGCACCAUUGACGGCGAGAAGUCCCAGGUUAUUGAGCAAAAGCCAGGAGAUUUAAGUGUAGUCCCGUAUGGAGAGCCAACAUGGCUUACCCCUCAAUUCAAAAGUACAUAUUUCAAGGAGAGUCACCGAAGGUUACAAAAGGCGAUGAGAGUCUGGACCGACACCGAGCUUUACCCUGUAGCACAGGAAUGCGAGAAGACUGGAAAACAUAUUCCCCAAGAACUCAUUGACAAGAUGUCCAAGAAUGGAAUCUUGCAUAUGAGACUUGGACCAGGAAAGCAUCUGCAUGGCGUUGAGUUGAUGGGUGGAGCUGUCAAGGGAGAGGAGUUCGAUUACUUCCACGAUAUGAUCGUUACGCAAGAGAUGGUCCGAGCAAACGCUCGAGGUUUCCAAGACGGUAAUAUGGCUGGGAUGACAAUCUCGCUCACAGCAGUCCUCCAAUUCGCCAACGAUGAGAAAUGGAAGAACAAAAUUGCUCAAGAAGUUUUCUCAGGCAAGAAGAAGAUCUGCCUCGCUAUCACCGAGGCAUUUGCAGGUUCAGAUGUUGCUGGCAUAAGAACUACCGCAGAAAAGACGAAAGAUGGGAAGCAUUACAUUGUGAAUGGCACGAAGAAGUGGAUUACCAAUGGAGUAUUCUCAGAUUACUUUGUGACAGGUGUUAAGACAGAUAAAGGACUUUCAGUCAUUCUCAUUGAACGAGGAGAGGGAGUCGAGACUUCUGCUAUCAAAACUUCAUAUUCAGCCGCUGCUGGAACUACCUAUAUCACUUUCGACAACGUCAAGGUCCCUGUCGAAAAUCUUCUCGGCGUCGAGAACAAAGGCAUCCACGUCAUUCUCUCGAAUUUCAACCACGAACGAUGGAUGAUGGCUUGUGCAGUCAUUCGAAUGAGUCGACUCGUAACGGAAGAAUGCAUGAAGUGGAGUAAUCAGAGACUGGUAUUUGGCAAAAAGCUCGUUGACCAGCCUGUCAUUCGCCAAAAGCUUGCAAAGAUGAUUGCACAUUGCGAAGCAAAUCAAGCAUGGCUAGAAAAUACCACUUACCAGAUGACUCUUAUGCCCUAUAAACAACAAUCAACCCACCUUGCUGGACCGAUAGGGUUACUCAAAAUGUUUGCAACCAGGUCCGCCCACGAAAUUGCCGACGAAGCAGUUCAAAUUUUUGGUGGCAGAGCACUAACCCAGACCGGAAUGGGCAAGACAAUAGAAAUGUUCCACAGGACUUACAAAUUCGAUGCUAUACUCGGAGGUGCUGAAGAAAUAUUAGGCGAUUUGGGAGUCAGACAAGCCAUCCGAAAUAUGCCACGGAGUAUGCUGUGAAUGUACGGGCGAGGUGUAAAAAUAAACGCGGGACCAUUUUCUUCCCAAGUAUCCAUCUUAUGUACCAGUGAUCAACAGAGACUUUUACUUUAGGAUAGAUACUUUAUCAUAUAUGAGAAUGAAGCCAAUCGACUCAUGAUCAAAGC